UGUAAAUAAGAAACAAUAAGGAAUAAGCACAUAAAAUUUAGGUUUUUCAAUAGUACAUAUACAAAUUGAAUAUUAUAUAGAUUAAAAUUUAAAGUAAAACAUAUUGAAAAUGAAUUUACUAGAGUUAAAAGUUUUAACUUUAAAUGUUUGGGGCAUACCAUAUGUUUCUAGCGACAAAGAAACUAGAAUAAGUGCAAUCGCUAAUCAGUUAAGUAUAGGGAAUUAUGAUAUUGUUGCCUUACAAGAAGUAUGGUCAGAAGCAGAUUUUCAAAUCAUUCAACAAGAAAAUGAAAGUGUGUUACCAUAUAGUCAUUAUUUUUACAGUGGAGUAUUUGGAGCUGGCCUUUGCAUUUUCUCAAAAUAUCCUAUCGUUGCUACUAUUUUUCAUUCAUGGCCUGUAAAUGGAUAUUUUCACAAAUUUCAACAUGGUGAUUGGUUUGGGGGAAAGGGUGUUGCUCUAUGUCGAAUUUUAAUUAAGAAUCAGAUCGUUAAUGUGUAUAAUACGCAUUUACAUGCGGAAUAUGAUCCUAAAAAUGAUGACUAUAAAACUCACCGAGCCAUUCAAGCAUUUCAUACCGCUCAAUUUAUUCAAGCUACACGAGGAAAGGCAGUGCUUCAAAUUUUGGCAGGGGACUUGAAUAGUCAGCCAGAUGAAGUUUCUUAUAAAACCAUACUUCAUACAUCUAAAAUGAACGAUUGUUGCCCUUAUGAGGAUAUAGGUACAAAUGAAUGCAUAAGGAAUUCUUAUUCUACGACUGAAGCUAUUAAAAAAAACCCAGUUGGAUUGAGAAUUGAUCACAUAUUUGCAAGAGCUUUUAAAAAAUACACCGUAUUCGUCGAUGAAUAUAAACUUCCUUUUCCUGAAAGGAUUCCUGGAUAUAAAUUUAGUUAUUCGGAUCAUGAAGCCGUUUGUGUUAAAAUUUGUGUUACUGAAAAAAGUAAAAACAAGGAAAUCGAUUCUGAGGGUGAUGAUUUGGAAAAAUGUCGUUUAGAAUGGAGAAAAGAGAACGAAUUUGUAACAGCUGAUAUUCUUAAAGAGUGUAUAAAUCUAUGCGAGAAAAGCAUAAAAAAACUAAGAACGGAUCGAAUGUUUUAUUAUAGUAUUACAACUUUUAUAAUUUUUUUGCUUGUUAUAUUAGUUGAUUUUAGAGUUCCUUAUGGAUUUAGAACACUUUAUUUGUUUUCAAAAUUUAUACUAUUUGGAAUAGCUUUGUUUUCAUUGUUUAUGGCAACAAUUUGGAACCAUAUGGAACGAAAUGGUAUACGUUCUGCUAAGCAUUCUAUGGAAAUUGCUCUAAAAAGUUUACACGAUUAUCCUAUUUUUCAAGAAUAGUAAAUGGAUAUUUUCACAAUUUUUGCCCAAAAUCUAUAUUUAAAAAAUAGUUUGUUUCUUUUUGAAAACUUUUCUUUAAAACUAGGGAUAAUAAAAAAUUUAAUAUCGACCAAAAUGUAUUUUAAAUACUUAAGAUAAACAUUCCAUUUUUUAAAAGUCGUGCCAAAAAUUAACAUGUAAAAUUUGUUUUUUUUCACAUUAUGUAAAAUUGGUUUUUUCACAUUAUGUAAAAUUUGUUUUUUUCACAUUAUUUUAUUAUAAGACAACAGAUGCUUUUAUAAUCAAUAUGAAUCCUAGAUUAGUCUUUGACAAAAAUAAAUAAUAUUUAUCCAGA